CGCCCCAGCGCCCCGAUCCCCUACCGUGCGCUCCCGUGCACCCGUUACCUUGCGCGUACCGCCAACCACCGUGGCCUGCUUGUCUACCGCGCACCCUAUCGCGUCCAUCGCAUCCGAUACCUGGCCCGGCACAUAUUCGCGCGCAUCACGGCCCGAUGCGCGCCCCACGCCCGAUAGCCGAUCUUCCUCGACCCUUCUGCCGCCCAGCUCCGUUGGCUCGCCCGUUGGCCAUGGGUCCCAUCCAUCCAUCCCGAUGCAAUCACCAACUCUCCAAAUCCAACCGUCCUCCAUUCUACUCGUACCUCCCCUUCGAGCCACCGUCUUGCGAACUCGCCUUUUCCUCGAACAAGGCUUACACCAACACUUCUCCUCUUUUGUCUCCACCUUGUGUAUCCUUCGAGCUCGUCUGUUGUAAAAUAAAUCUAGGCCUAAAUCUAAUAGAUCUCCUAAAUCAUGCAAUAAUAGAAAUCCUCAGUCUAGAAAGCAAUAAAAUCCUAAACCUACCAAAUAACUAUUGCUUGGCUUGCACACCAAGAAAAUCUAGAAGCUCCCUAAACGAAAACCCUACACUAAAAACUUCGGCCCUAUCAUACGCACGCCGCCUCACGGUCUCCGUCCCAUGCGUUGCACGCGUUCACGAGUCCUAUUCCUCGGCGGUCUCGGCGUCUUGCGCGCGGUCCUCAUACGCGCGUGCUGUCACGCGCGCUUCCUCGUUGUCGCGUCCCGCCUGCGCGUGCGCUCCCCCGUCCAGAACUCCUACGCCCCCUAGGAUUGGGUCGCUCGCGCUUGUGGCGUACUCGCGCGCUGUCGCGCGCCUAUUGCUGCUGCUACCCGCAUCCCGCGCGUCCUCGCCACUCCCGCGAGUAUCGCGCACGUCUCUCGUUCCCGCGCCGCUCGCGCUGCCGUCUCGUGCCUUGCGCGUCGCGCUCAGUGCCCCAGCGCCCCGAUCCCCUACCGUGCGCUCCCGUGCACCCGUUACCUUGCGCGUACCGCCAACCACCGUGGCCUGCUUGUCAACCGCGCACCCUAUCGCGUCCAUCGCAUCCGAUACCUGGCCCAACACAUAUUCGCGCGCAUCACGGCCCGAUGCGCGCCCCACGCCCGAUAGCCUAUCUUCCUCGACCCUUCUGCCGUCCAGCUCCGUUGGCUCGCCCGUUGGCCAUGGGUCCCAUCCAUCCAUCCCGAUGCAAUCACCAACUCUCCAAAUCCAACCGUCCUCCAUUCUACUCGUACCUCCCCUUCGAGCCACCGUCUUGCGAACUCGCCUUUUCCUCGAACAAGGCUUACACCAACACUUCUCCUCUUUUGUCUCCGCCUUGUGUAUCCUUCGAGCUCGUCUGGUCUUGCUCCUCCUAGGCUUGAGCUUAGCUUGCGGACCACAUCCCUUUGGCCAGUCUCUUACACAUGAUGGUCGAUUAUUCGGGUUUGAUGGCUCUUCCAACACGUUCUCCAACCAUAAAACGAGACCAUCGUCGCCUUCAUCGUUUGACUCCCCGGGUACACGACCGAAAAUUGUUAUGCCCACGUUCACGGGAACAGAUCCGGAUGCAUGGUUAAGUCGAGCUGUGCAAUUUUUUGAGAUCAAUGAUGUGCCAAGGUACGAAAGAGUUCAAAUUGCUGCUUAUCAUCUUGAUGGAGAAGAAAACGUAUGGUGGCAAUGGGUUUUGCACAAGAACCAUGGUGAGCACAUGCGUUGGAGGGAUUUUGACAGGAAGCUCAUCACAAGGUUUGGCUCGAGUGACUACCACGAUUACAAUGAGGCUUUGUCUAGAAUUAAGCAAGUUGGUAGUAUGAGGGAGUAUCAAAAGGAGUUCGAGCGCAUUGCUAGUAGAGUGCGAGAUUGGCCCGAGAGUACGCUAGUGGGAACGUUUGUGGGAGGACUUAAGGCUGAGUUGGCAGCGGAGGUAAGGUUGGAUAGGCCAGGAUCGAUGCGAGCCGCCAUGGAGUCGGCUAGAUUGCAUGAGGAUCAUCUCAUGGCU